AUGGAGCCAGAAAACCAAACACAUGUGGCAGAAUUCCUCCUCCUGGGACUCUCUGAGGAUCCCCAGCUGCAGCCCAUCCUCUUUGACCUGUUGCUGACCAUGUACCUGGUCACCGUACUUGGGAACCUGCUCAUCAUCCUGGCCGUCAGCUCUGACUCCCACCUCCACACCCCCAUGUACUUCUUCCUCUGCAAACUGUCCUUGGUUGACAUCUGUUGCACCUCCACUGUGGUCCCUAAGAUGCUGCUGAAUAUCCAGACAGAAAGCAAAGCCAUCACUCAUGCAGGUUGCCUUGCUCAGGUGUGUUUUUUCUUCAUUUUUGUAUGCAUGGACAAUUUACUGCUGACCGUGAUGGCCUAUGAUCGCUAUGUAGCCAUCUGCCACCCCCUGCAUUACACGGUCAUCAUGAACCCCUGCUUCUGUGUCCUGCUAGUUUUGGUCUCUCUGCUCAUCAGCAUUGUGGAUGGUCUGCUGCAUAGUCUAAUGUUGCUACGACUGUCUUUCUGCAAACAGCUGGAGAUCCCCCACUUCUUCUGUGAACUUGCUCAAAUCCUCAAGCUGGCCUGUUCUGAUCCUCUCAUUAAUAACAUCCUGAUUUAUUUAUUAACCAUCCUUUUGGGGGUUGGUCCUGUCUCUGGAAUAAUAUUCUCAUAUACUAAAAUUAUCUCCUCCAUCCUGAAAAUCCCAUCAACUGGUGGAAAGUACAAAGCUUUUUCUACCUGUGGGUCUCACCUUUCUGUGGUUUUGAUGUUCUAUGGGGCUUCUAUUGGAGUUUACCUUAGUUCUGCAGUUACAGAUUCUCCCAGGAAGACUGCAUUGGCUUCAGUGAUGUAUACUGUGGUCACCCCCAUGCUGAACCCCUUCAUCUAUAGCCUGAGGAACAAGGACAUGAAGGGUACCUUGAGAAAACUCAUUUUAGGAAUAUUUUCCUUUUUGUGA